GUCGGAAUCGUGACGGGGCGCUCGCUGGCUGCACUUGCGCUGCCCAGGAAGAAGACGGAGGGAAGAAGCAGCGCGCGAUGGUGCUGCUGGAAAGCGAGCAGUUUUUGACAGAAUUAACAAGGCUUUUUCAAAAAUGCAGGACCACAGGCAGUGUCUAUAUAACACUAAAGAAAUAUGAUGGUCGGACAAGACCCAUUCCACGGAAGGGACACGUUGAGGGGUUUGAGCCUGUCGACAACAAAUGUCUUCUUAGAGCAACAGAUGGGAAGAAAAAGAUAAGCACAGUGGUGAGUUCAAAGGAGGUCAACAAAUUCCAGAUGGCCUAUUCAAAUUUGCUCAGAGCUAAUAUGGAUGGUUUAAAGAAGAAAGACAAGAAAAGCAAAAAUAAGAAAAGCAAAGCAACACAGUGAUGGAACAAAUGUUUCCAUGCCAACAAUGGACCCAAACUGUAAACUUUUCUUCAUGUUACCCCUUAUCUUUUGACUUCCCUUCCAGCAGAUAACUGGAAUAUAAACAUUUUGUUAAAACUGAAAGUGCCAUCUGGAUUGUGGCAUGCAGAAAUGAGUAUCCACAAGGCAUAUGUUGCAGUUGCUAAUUAAUGUUAUAUCUGUCUUGGUUUUAUUAUGUUUGAGAGGGUGAUUGGGAAAACUGAUCAUUUUGGGAAUAGUACAAAAAUAAAGAAUUGUUAUAUGAAA